AUGUUAAAGAGUUUGGAGGUGAGCAAUUGUGGGAAACUUGCGAAUAUUUUCCAAUCUGAUAUGCAGGGAACGUUUGGAAGCCUUGAGACAUUGAAGGUCAGCCAUUGUAGUUCAGUGGAAGAGAUAUUCGAACUAACUGUCAAAGAAAUCCGCAAUGAAGAGGAAACAACGACACAACAAGUCUCACAAUUGAAGAAACUCCAUCUGUUUCACUUGCCAAAGCUGAAACAGAUUUGGAGUAAAGAUGCUCAAGAAAGCCUUCGUUUCCAUAACCUGCAACUUGUGUGGGUUGAAGACUGUGAGAACUUGGAAUACCUUUUUCCAUUCUCCAUUGCAAUGCAUGCUACUCAACUGGAAAGUAUUUCCAUAAAGUAUGCAUGGAAUUUGAAAUAUAUUGUUUCAGGCGAAGGACCCAUGGAUAGUCCAGUCAAAUUUGCGCUUAAUCAAUUGACCUCAGUGGUGUUUUGGAGUUUAUUUCAACUGGAGGGAUUUUUUGCUGGAAAUCAUAGUUUACUACAUCCAUUAUUGAGGGAAAUAGAUAUUCGUCAAUGUUGGAAACUGAAGCUCUUCAAGACAGAAAGUUCAAGUGGCAAAGAAGAAGUUUUUCAUAGUAAACACCAAAUCUCAUUGCAGCAGCCUCUUUUUGCACUUGAAGAGGUACUUUGCAACUUGGAGAUGUUGGCGCUAAAUAAUGAGGAUGCAAGCAUGAUAUUACAAGGGCAAUUUUCACGAAAACACUUCAACAAACUCAAAUCUCUUCGUUUGGCAAAUUUUGAAGAUGAUCAUGCCAAUUUUCCCUAUUGGUUUCUCCAAAACAUAACCACUGUCGAUGAUCUACUUGUUGAAUUGAGUUCUUUCAGGGAGAUAUUCAAAGAAGAAAUAUCUACAGAUGACAAAGGAAAAUCUAAAAGUGGAGCACGACUCAAAACAUUGAGCCUCUGUCACUUGGAUGAUCUCCAGCAUAUAUGUACAGAAGGAUUUCGAAUAGAUCCUGUCCUAGAGGUUCUUGAAUACUUACAAGUCUUUGAUUGUUCCAGUUUGAAACACUUAGCGCCUUCAUCUGCAACAUUUCAUCACCUGACAUAUUUGGAGGUGGAAAAUUGCAAUGGAUUGCUUCACUUAAUUACCUCAUCAACUGCAAGAAGCCUGGUCAAAUUAACAACAAUGAAAAUAACGAAGUGCAAUUCACUUGAGCAAGUUGUGGCAGAAGAGAGGGAGGGGCCUGACGAUGAAAUUGCAUUCAGUAGCUUAGAGUUUUUGGAGCUAGAGAGCUUGCCAAUGAUUAAGAGGUUUUGCUCCUCCGAUUGCUACUUAAACUUUCCGUUGUUAAAAGAAGUUGUCAUUAAGCAAUGCCCAAGAAUGGACACCUUCUCAGCUGGGAGAGACACAAGCACACCGAAUCUUCGAAAGAUAUCAUCAAAAGAAGAAGAUGGAAACGUGUAUUGGGAAAGUGAUCUGAAUAAGACAAUAAACAAUAUGUUUGCGGACAAGGUGGCAUUUAGGAGCUUCAAUCUUUUGGAAUUUUCUGUAUAUCCAGAACUGAAAGAACUAUGGUAUGGCCAAGACGGGCCAAAUAUAUUCUGCAAUUUGAAGCAUCUAGUGGUGCGAAAAUGUACAUUCUUGUCCAACGUGAUUUUUUCAUCAAAUUUACUGCGAUUGUUAUAUGCAUUAGAGGAACUGGAAGUAUCAGAGUGUGAUUCAUUAGAAGUGGUAUUUGAUGUAAAUGCAUUGGAUGAGAAGGCAAAAGAAUCAAAGGAAGUUAGUCGGUUGAAGAAAUUAACACUCUCGGGGCUUCCAAAUUUGAAAUGCAUAUGGAACGGGGAAGCAGGAGAAAUAAUCAGCUUUGAAAAUUUACAGAUGGUGAAAGUUGAUAAAUGCCAACACCUGAAAUGUUUGUUUUCGGUCUCACUAUGCCAAGAUUUGAGGCGACUUGAAGAGCUUCACAUUGAGUCUUGUGGUGCUGAGGAAAUUGUUUCAAUUGCAGAAGGAUUAGAGGAACUCAAGUUUGAUUUUCCUCAGUUAACAACCUUGAACCUAUUGAAUCUGACACAGCUCACUAAUUUCUAUCCAAAAAGAUGUAUUCUAGAGUGUCCUUUGUUGAAGUGGUUAAAUGUUCGUGGAUGUGAAGAAUUGCAAAUAUUUGCAUUUGACCAUUUGAAUUCCCAACCGCUUAUGGAGGGUGACAAUGAGUCGCAAAUUGAACAAGCUUUGUUUCAUAUUGAAAAGGUGUCUCAAAAUUUGAAGGAGUUGCCAUUAAAUGAAAAGGACACUAUGAGGAUAUUGAAUGGCAACUAUGAGAAAAAUCUCUUUCAGAGCAUCAAAAGGCUUCGUUUGCAAUAUUUUCAGGGAACUCCAAUAAAGUUUCUGAAUGAUUUAAUCCAAAUAUUUCCAGCUAUAACACGCUACAAGUGCGUUGCAGUUCUUUUGAAACACUUUUUCAUUCAGAAGAAAUUAAUCAUUGUUGUAUUGAAAGCCCCACCCAAAUUAAAACGUUGUGGCUAUUUCAAUUGGAGAAGCUUGAGCAUAUAUGGAAUGAUGACGACUCAGCAUCACAUCCCUAGUUCAAAACCUUGA